AGCAUACCUCCUGGAAUAACGGUACUUAAGCACGGCUCUGCCAGGACGUGCGGGAGGUGGAAGUUGGGCGAUUUCAACACAAAGUUCACGGAGCCACGGCUACAAUGGCGAGACACUUGUUCAGGGAAGUUGACGGCUACUACCUUCACGUCGCCUUCUCCGAGCAAACCAUUCGCUCGGCACUGGGCUACAGACCGGUGCCCGGAGACGUUUUCAUCGUAAGUUACCCGAAAUGUGGCACCACUUGGAUGCAGCACCUUGUCUACAACAUCUUCAACGGCCGUGCACCUCCAACAAGCAUGAUGGACGUUUGGCGAGAAAUGCCUUUUCUGGAGUUGCAAGGCGCCGAGUCUCUCAAGGAGAUGCCGAGACCAGGGGCCAUCAAGACACACAUGCCCUUUCACCUCCAACCUUUUUCCGCAGACGCGAAAUACAUUUACAUCUGCAGGAAUCCGUACGACUGCUGCGUUUCUUUCUUCUAUCACACGAAGAAUAUUUCGGCAUACCAGUUUCAAGACGGCACGUUCGACGAGUUCUUCGAGUUGUUCCUCGAAGGGAAGGUGGACUUUGGAGACUACUUUGACCAUCUGCUAUCCUGGUACGCGCAUCGACGCGACCACAAUGUCUUCUUCGUGACGUAUGAAGACCUGAAGAAAGACACUGCGGCAUGGGUACUCCAGAUUGCGGAUUUUCUCGGAGAAGAACACGGUAGAAAACUUAGAUCCGACCAGGGAAUCCUGGAUGCGAUCUUGAACAGGACAAGCCUAAAGACUAUGAAAGUGGACUUGAAUGUAAGUAUCAAAGAAAGUUACGUAAAGCUUGAAGAUCUACCCGAAGACAAGAAGCCAGAGUGGUUUAAGCUUACCACGCAAGCUAUCGGCACCGAGGCGGCGAAUGAGCCAAUCACGAGAGAUUUUGUGCGUAGAGGUGCCAUUGGAGACUGGAAGGACCACUUCUCGGGCGAUCAAGUAAAGCGCCUCCAGAAGCGGAUUGCUCUAAAGACCCGUGGUAGUGAUGUCAUGGACUUGUGGAAGGACAUUGGGCUCCCUUGAGGUUUGGUUCUUGUAACUGCCAUCAACAGAAAUAUGAUUUUUUUAUUGUUUUACUCUUAUUGAGGUUGUAUGCACAUUAUUGAUUCUUGUAAAAAAAGAAAGAAAAGAGUAUUACUUGUAUUUAGGUAAAAUAAAUCACGAGUGAUUUAAGUUUUCUAA